GUCUUGUAGGAGUGUUUUCAAAAAGAACUAAAUUUAUUUCCUCUAUUUAUGCAUACAGUCCCUCUUUUCAGUGGAGAACUUUGUCCAUUACAUGACGGUGUCCUUGGAAAUGCUCAGGAAUGAGGUUCCUCGAAUGAUAGUGAAUGUGGUUCAGAUAUUGCCCAUGGAGACCCUGAGGGAGGUACAAAAGCCCACCCCAGGAUGUCUGCUCCAAAGGUCAUUUUGCUCAUGUCUGGUAAAGCCAGCCGCUGGAUCUGCUGAUCUGAAAGAACUAAUUGGAGUCAACCUGGAAUUCCAGAAAGCAUUGGAGCAACUAUUGUACAGUGACCGUUUCUUUAAGAAUGACUUUGCCAUAGUUUUGCAGCCAUUUCUGAAACACGCCGAUCCACCAAGACUCCCUAAUGGGAAGAUUGACAUGAGCUUCUUUACUCCUGACUGCUUCCACUUUACCAUGAAAGGACAUGAGGAGUUGGCCAAGGGACUUUGGAACAACAUGUUUCAACCUGAGGGGGAAAAGUUCAUGGUGGAGAGCUUUUCGAACCCUAUUGAGCUCAGUUGCCCCCCUGUGGGUCAUCCAUACAUUUAUACCAGACCUAGUGCUUCAAAGACUGAUCCGGCGCUUCCUGAGAUACCCCAGUCAGCUGGCAUCACACUCGCAUCUCUAUACCUCAUGCUUGUCUUGGCUUUCCUUCCACUCUGGUUGGCUGUUAAUCUGGUCUCCUUGUAGGACGUCCAUAUGGAGUAUCAUGGUACAUGAUGUCUGCCCAGCUCGAUGUUCUACUUGGCAUGGAUAUCACUGUUUUGAACAUUGUUUGGGCUUUGAACAAAUGUUGUUCUAUUCAGAGACUUUGGUAUAAUCUGUAGAACUGGUAACGGAGUAAACCAGAACAAAAUUAUGCUAUCAUUGCAUUGAAGACUCUUUUAAAUGGCUCUGUGUGAGCAAUGGAAAGCGAAACGUUGAAACCUCAGAAUAGAAAAAUAUAUGCUAACCUGAUAACCUUUGCUGAUAUAGUUAACCGAAAUAGCACGACGACAGGUGCAUAGCCGCAUUUAGCUCUGUGUAAUGGAGCCAUAAUCAAUUUAGGUUAUUGUGUAAGAUAAUUUAAACUGGUUUGAACAAAAAUGACCAAAGGAUACACUGUAAACUCAUUUAGCCUCUCUGGAUACUGGAAUUUAAUGUUGAGUGAGGAUUGCUUUGCUUGCGAGAGCAUGAUAAAAAAAUAAAUGCUUUGAAGGUUUCUUAAUGGCCAGAGUAAAAGUGAAUUGCUUU